ACCAGGAGAAGCUGAAGCAAAGCUAAGCAUUGCUAGACCAGCAGAAAGAGGAUCCCUUAUUACGGUAUCAGUUUUUAUAAAAGGUCUCAGCAUGAAGACACUAAUUUUGAUUGCAGUCAUCUUUACUGCCACAGCUUGCUUCUCGUUGGCUGAUGCGUAUGGGUAUGUAAAUGAUGGAUAUUACAGACAGAAUGAACAAGGACAAUGCGGCGAAGGAUAUGGGAAUAGAAAUGACGGACAAAACGGAUAUAACGGACAUACCGGAUAUAACGGACAAAACGGAUAUAACGGACAAAACGGAUAUAACGGACAAAACGGAUAUAACGGACAUACCGGAUAUAACGGACAUACCGGAUAUAACGGACAAAACGAACAAGGACAAUGCGACGAAGGAUAUGGGAAUAGAAAUAAUGGACAUAACGGACCUAACGGACAAACCGGACAUAACGGACCUAAUGGACAAACCGGACAUAACGGACCUAACGGACAAAACGGACAUAACGGACCUAACGGACAAAACGGACAUAACGGACCUAACGGACAAAACGGACAUAACGGACCUAACGGACAAAGACAAACUGGAGGAAGUUCCUCUGAAGAGAAUGGAAUGAAGUCUUAUUCAAAUCAUAAUCAAAGAUAUAGACGAGAUUCUGGAAGUUCAAAUAGUUACCACAAUCAGAAUAGUCCCAACCGUGCAGUCGCUCUAGCUCUCCUGGAUCGUUUCCUGAAAAAUCAUGCUUCACAAAAACAAACUGCAGCAGCUCAUGACAAUGCUGCCGCUACAAAUGCUGCCACAAUUACCACAACCACAACCUCAACAACUACAACCACACCCACUGCUGCUGCUCAGGCAAAGACUGCUUAAGUUCAACCGAGAUUGCAAAUAUAUCAACGGCCAAGAUCAAGAUUUUGAAAAGCUGAAUGCUGAUAUAUUUGUGAUCGUCGUCUCUCGCCAUACUAGUUUUACCAAAAGAUAGACCAAGAUACAGGGAUGUAGAUUCUUAGUGUUCUUCUUUGGGAAGAAACAUCCCAUAAAAACGCAAAUAAAAACUAUCUUGCAAAUGA